CCCGUGACAUAGUUUAACCCGCCCUUAACAAGUAGUAGGCAAAACCCUUGGUGGGAAAGGGAAGAGGGAUUUUCUCACCGCCUGUUUUUGAAAUUUUAGGAAACAGGCGAUUGUUCUUUCUACUUUUUCAAGAAUAGAACAUACCCAAUCUCAUCCUCUCUACACUGUCACUACCAUCUUCAGGUUUUCUUCCAAGGUUACUCAAAUUUCCAUAUACUUAGCUCUAAACUCACAGAUUUUACAAAAACAUUCGCGGUUUUGGGAACCUGUUUGAUUCGGUGGUUGAUUAUUCAUUGAUAUUGUUUAACAAACAUGUCCAAGAAGAGAGGUCUUUCACUCGAAGAGAAGCGUGAGAAAAUGCUUCAGAUAUUUUAUGACUCGCAAGAUUUCUUCCUUCUUAAGGAACUUGAAAAGAUGGGGCCAAAGAAAGGUGUCAUUAGUCAAUCAGUGAAGGAUGUUAUCCAAAGUCUUGUGGAUGAUGACCUUGUCUUGAAGGACAAGAUUGGAAGUUCUAUUUACUUUUGGAGUCUUCCUAGCACUGCUGGGAAUCAGCUUAGGAAUGUGUCUCGUAAACUAGAAUCUGAUCUUCAUGCCAGCAAGAAACGCUAUGGUGAAUUGAUGGAACAAUGCGCUUCCCUGAAGAAAGGACGUGAAGAAUCUGAUGAGAGAGAGGAGGCUUUAAGCGAGUUAAAAUCUGUUCAGCUGAAGCACAAUGAACUGAAGGAGGAACUGGCUCAGUAUGCAGAUAAUGAUCCUGCUGCUUUUGAGACAAUGAAAAAAGCUAUAGAAGUUUCAUAUUCAGCUGCCAACAGAUGGACAGAUAAUAUAUUCACGUUGCGGCAAUGGUGUGCAAACAAUUUUCCACAGGCUAAAGAACAACUUGAACACAUGUACCAGGAGGCUGGAAUAACAGAUGAUUUUGACUAUAUAGAGUUACCAAAUCUUUCUUCACUAGGAGCUCCAGAUAACUAGUUAGAAGACUGGAAAGCAUAAUUUUUGCUGGUGGCUAGUUGAGCAAUUUCCUUUGAAUAACCAGACUUGAAUGUAAUGUGUAUCUCAGUAUCUGCUUGUGUUUGCGGUUGAACAAUUUGCUGUGAAAACUGCUUAGCUCUAUCCAUUUCCCUAGAACUAGCAAACAUUGUUUAGCUUAUAGUCUUUGUCAAUAUCAUUUGACAUACAUAUUGACAAAUGUACAUAUUUCGCUUGUAAUGGGUCGUAGCAUACUAGCAUGUACUUCCUACUUGCCCUUUUCUAUCCUUCCCGUUUAUUCUUGUAUGUAAUGAUCUCAUGGAAGUCCUAUCACUCGUAUGAAAUACUUCAUAGCAUUUAGCACCGAUUUGUCAUAUUGCUAAAUCUUUUCAUUAAA